AUGUGUAACAAUGAGGAAAUCAGUCAGAAAGUUUACUACCCCAGCUCGAGCCUUACUGAUGGUCCUGUGAUCUACGCGAAACUGCUUGAGCCAAACAUACGCGGUACUUCAGGCAACAGUAGCACUGGCAACUACAUCUAUUCAGGCAACAGUACACUUGUCUCUGCCUGCAACUCAGAACGCAACGCCUGGCGAUCCGGAGACACAAAAACCGUGCGAUCAGAACCUCCGGAAGAACAAACCUGCUAUUCUCCCGUCGCAAGAUUCGCUAGUUUCACCACAUCUAGCCCUGCUACUUCAUGUAGUACUGGAGAGCAAAGCAUGUACGGGAUGAAUUCCUACAAUGCUGCAUUGAGCAGUGAAACCUGCAACCGUGAUGCAGGUCACUUAAACGUAAUAGACAAAGGGUACCGGGCCAAGGCAAACGCUGUCACCAACUCGGACAAGAACUGUUCUGGUGGCUCGAACCUGGUAGCUGCCAGAUGGACACCGACUGUAGUUUCCGGCUAUCAAGCAGCCUCAAUAGAAGCAUUGGCCAGACUGCAGUCUGAAGGUCUGCACGAACAGACCGAACUGACAAGAAAUGCGAAGGAGCAAAGAUGCAAACCUCUCCUGAGUGGUCUUCUUCAAAUAGACGGCUCUACAUUUACGCUCAGUCCUCGUGGCACAACGGAAAAGGCUCCCUUAAAGUCAGGAGCGCAGAGAGACCACCUUCUGGUGGUCAGAGCAGCCCCCUCCAAAAUGGUAUCUUUGAGUGGAGGCCUCGGCCAAGCUUGUCAUAAACAGCAGCUAAUGCAACAACAAAAGUGCCCGCCGUCAAUUCAGGAGGCCGGAUACACUUUGUUGGAGACAAACGGCCAAACGGGUUCUCGAGAUUCCCACGUUUGCUCGCCUCCCAGAGAAACCUUUUCAGCAGAACAUUGCUGCACCAGCCUGCCCAGACAAAACGUCUCAAUGCUCGUCAAUGAGGCAACAGCAUCGACGCCAGUCGCCUUAACUGCAGCCGGUGGGCAACAUUUGUACCGAAUAGGAAAAGCAGCUAUUCUGCCGGGUGAAUAUGAGACUGGCAGAAGCAUUGAAAUGCUGACAACAGGUUUUGAAAGACGUGACGAAGAAAAUGGUUGCAGUCAAUUUUAUGUUCCUUCGUUCCUCCAACAUCAAGAACCUAGUCAACACAUUGCAGUUGCUCCUCACUUUUGUGAAGAAGUACCGACUGUACUGCAAAAAUGCAAUCAGGAAACAAGUGGUAGAGAAAAACUAGGUUAUACUGGAAAGGGUACGAGUAAACAAGCAGAGCUGGAAAAGGUAAAGAACAAAGCGAAGUUGAAGCGAAAGAAUGAGAGUCAGGAGACGGAGAAAGGUGAAAGGCGAAUGAGGAGCAAACGAAAACCACUGCGUUGGGGUGAUUCUUCUUUUCGUAUAAGCGAUAAUGCAAAGAACCUGUUUCUGCCUAAAUCUCUCAUCGCCAGGCCGGCAGGCCGAAAGGAACAGGAAAGGAGCACAGUCGAGGAUAGGCCCACUCAGGUCUUCUAA